UAGCGUGAAAGUUCGGUGCUAGGUCAACACGCAUACGGGCCAGCUAAGCGUAUCCCCUUCAGUCUUUACGCUGAAAUCCGUUGCGUCGCUGCGAAUCGAAACUUCCGCGAAACGGCUCGCCGACUCCUGUCUCCUUCCUCCCGUGAGCUGCAACUUCCGCCGGCGAGGUCAAUUAAUCGUCGCCACAUGCGCCUGAUACGGUGCCACCGAAAUUUCGAAAUCUGGCUGUUGUGAGAGUCGACACGGUGAGGGGGGAAACGGCGUUCGCCGCGGCGAAGAAUUCAUUCGCGCCGGAAACUUAAUACGGAUGCACCGUGUCGGAAAAUACAGACUUUUCAAUAAUCGUAAUAAGCUUGAUGCGGGCGCAUUGUGUCGGAAACUACAGACUUUUCAAUAAUCGUUGAGCUUGUGAAAUCCGUAUUAAGUGUCUGUCUUGUGGACGAGCUGUUCCCGUGUAUUUUGCUUUGUUAUCUUCGAUUUCGUUCGCUGGAUUUUUUAUUCUUUAGUUUUAGCCUUUAAGAUAAUAUGAAUCUAGAGGAGUAUCGGAAGCAUGGAAAAGAAAUGGUGGACUACAUCGCCGAUUAUUUGGCGAACAUCCGGUCCCGACGCGUCUAUCCAGCGGUUUCUCCGGGUUACCUGAGGAAUAUCCUGCCGUCGUCGGCACCGGUAAACGGCGAACCCUGGGACGACAUAUUCGCCGACAUCGAAAAGUGCAUCAUGCCUGGAGUGACCCACUGGCAGAGUCCGCACAUGCACGCUUACUUUCCCGCCUUAAAUUCGCCCGCUAGUCUAUUGGCUGAUAUGCUGGCCGACGCAAUCAAUUGUCUUGGAUUUACUUGGGCAUCGAGCCCCGCGUGCACGGAACUGGAGACCAUCGUAAUGAACUGGCUGGGCAAAAUGAUUGGCCUGCCAGAGGAAUUCUUGCAUCGUCCAGGAGGAUCCGGUGGUGGUGGCGUGAUACAAACCACCGCGUCGGAAGCCACUCUCGUUUGCUUACUCGCAGCAAGAACCCGAGCCAUUAGAGACGUGCAUCAAAAUGAACCGGACCGUCUACCAGCCGAAAUCAAUUCACGUCUUGUCGCGUACUGUUCCGACCAAGCUCAUUCGAGUGUUGAAAAGGCUGGUCUGAUAGGUCUGGUGCGAAUGAGAUACAUCGAAUCCGACGACGAACUCAGUAUGAGAGGGGAGGCUUUACUCGAAGCAAUAACGCGCGACAGAGCAGAGGGUCUGCUCCCAUUUUAUGUUUGCGCCACUCUGGGUACGACCGGUGCAUGUGCUUUUGACAACCUCACAGAAGUUGGGCAAGUGUGUGUAGAAAACGGACUUUGGCUGCACGUGGAUGCAGCCUACGCAGGCAGUGCAUUCGUGUGCCCCGAAUUCCGUGGUUGGCUUCAAGGAAUUGAAUAUGCCGAUUCGAUAGCAUUUAAUCCUAGCAAAUGGCUGAUGGUGCACUUCGAUUGCACCGCGAUGUGGGUGAAAAGCAGCCAAGCGCUUCACAGAACUUUCAACGUGGACCCGUUGUAUUUGAAGCAUGAAAAUUCAGGGCUUGCUAUCGAUUAUAUGCACUGGCAAAUCCCGUUGUCGAAGAGAUUUAGAGCCCUGAAACUGUGGUUCGUCAUUAGAAAUUACGGAAUCACCGGCCUUCAGAAACAUAUUCGCGAGGGCGUCAGGUUGGCACAAAAGUUCGAGGCACUAGUUUUAGCGGACGCACGCUUCGAAAUUCCGGCGCCGCGACACUUGGGGAUGGUUGUCUUCCGUCUUCGCGGUGAAAACACUUUAACGGAACGUUUGCUAAAGAAAAUGAACACCAGAGGUCGAGUACACUGUGUACCGGCAGCUUUACACGGAAAAUACGUAAUUAGAUUCACCGUCACCUCGACUAACACGACCAACGAGGAUAUAUUAAGGGACUGGGCAGAAAUACGGAACACGGCGAACGAAAUCCUAGGAGACACUGCGAAUUCUCCAGUACGAGCAAGAGUUCCACUCGCAGAAAGCUCAGAUACUCGGGAGAAGAACGAAAAUUUCGGUUCGAGCUUGUUACUGGCCAAUUCGCCGAUGUCACCGAAAAUAGUGAACGGCAGCUUCGCUGCGAUCUACGACACGGCGGACGUUUUCGAAGAAUGCACGAAAGCUUUCGGACAGUUGCGACUCGAAGCUAGAGAUAGUCCAGCUAUGCGACGUCGAAUUCGGGGAAUACUCAUGUCAGGGAAGCAAUUCUCCUUAGAUUCUCGCAUGGACUUGGUACAGGGCUACGCCUGCUGUCGCCCAGCUAUCGAAAUGUCCUCCGAGUUACCGCUGAAGGAAGACGAGGACUCUUGCACCGGCGAGACAGGAUCCGACGCGAACCAAUUCAAUAAUGAUGCUUCUGGCGAAAGCUCGGCGACCCAACAGGAUCUGUUGGACGAUCCGGCGUCGGAGAAAAAAUUGCGAAAACAAAACUCUAGAACUCGUCCGGAUCACGGCGCCGUGAACGGUUCCAUCAGGAUCGGCCUUCAAGAUUGCGCCAACGACUUAACGUCCAUGAUCAUGACAGAGGCCAAUCUGCCGAGGAGCGAGACCAUAGGCGCCAUUUGCCAUCGCUCGUUCACCGACGGUCUGUCGUCGAUGGAGGAAGACGGGGUUCCCGACGAAAAGAGAUUGAGCAACGAAGGGAACGAGGAUUUCUGCAGUAAAUGUGGCCACUGCAUGAAGAAGGAAGAGAAUUAGUCGAAUUCGCGUAACAAUUGGACAUCAGGCGGUUUGCGGUCGACUGCGUUCCUUCGUUUGUUUGAUGGGUUCGAUGUUGUUCACAUUACUUGUUGGAAAGAAUUGUUGGAAAGAAAGUAACCAGCUGCGAGAAUAAAUCUGA